AUGAUGAAAACAAAAGCCAAUAUCGGUGUUGUUGGAUUAGGUCGUAUGGGCCAACGUCAUGCACUGAACAUUCUUCACCACGUUCCCCGUGCUAAGCUCUUCGCUGUUUGUACACCAGCACCCCAUGAGAUCGAAUGGGCUAAGACAAAUCUUGUGCCAGAAGGGGUGCAUACAUUUGAGUGUUUUGACAAGAUGAUUGACAUGCCCGGUCUAGACGCUGUGGUCAUCGCGUCGCCAACUGAGCUACACAUCACGCAAACGUUGGCCGCAAUCCAACUCGGGAUACAUGUGCUUUGUGAAAAGCCGAUCACGAGGGACAUGGCUAAGCUGCGUGACUUCAUGGAAACGGCAAAACAACAUCCCCAAACAAAGGUCAUGGUUGGAUUCGUCCGCCGAUUCGACGAGAAUUAUAUGGACGCCAUACAGAAGGUCAAGAGCGGCGCUGUAGGUGAACCUAUCAUUGUGCGGUCGCAAGGCGCUGAGAAGCUUGACAAAACUGGCUUUUUUAUCGAAUACGCUCGGCAGAGCGGUGGAAUCUUCAUAGAUACCGUCGUUCACGAUAUUGACUUGACUUUGUCUAUCCUGGGCGAGAAUAUCAAGCCCAAAGCACUUUGGGCUACUGGAAUCAUUGCUCAUCAUCAUGAAAUGAAAGAUUUCAAGGAUGCCGACAACGCCGUCGGUGUCGUUGAAUUCUGGGGUGGCCGAAUCGCGCACUACUAUCACUCUCGUACGACCUCACACGGGUAUGACAAUUGCACAGACAUCAUUGGCAUGACCGGGAAAAUAUCUAUCAAUUCUGUCCCUCACUAUAACAGGGUCCAGGUGUCGAACGCAUCUGGAAUUGUGCAAGACUGUACCCCCAGUUGGAUCGACCGAUACCGAGAAGCCUUUGUGACUGAGCUGAAUGAAUUCACGGAUGCUAUUUUGGACAAUAAAGAACUUCCAAUGAGAAUUUCCGCUGCCUACACAGGGCUCAAGAUCGCAACUGCCCUGCAAAAAAGCUUAGAGACGGGCCAGAAGAUUGAGUUUGAUGAAAAUGGUGACUCGAUCAUUUCCGAUGGCAGAUAG